CCAAAGUCUGCCUUUUGCUUGAGAUGGAAACCCUGAAGUCCGUCAGAAAAUGGGCCGGAGUGCGACACAAUGCGGUGGCCUGGCUGGCGUUCUGCAUCGGUAUUUUCUGCUGCACAUUCUCCCUCCUUGUCCCCUAUGACUAUCUGCCGUCCAUGGCGAAUCAAGCUGGUAUGAAUCUCGACCUAGCACAGUAUACGCUGUCCAUUACGAACGCAGAGUCGAUGAUCGGUCGCAUCGUGCCGGGAUUCUUGUCCGACUAUAUGGGUCAAUUCAAUAUCAUGGUUCUAGUCAGUGCAUUUUCUGCUGUGGCCCAGUUAGCCAUCUGGCUGCCUGUUUACUAUGCCCCAACAAACGCUGGAUUCAUAUUCUUCGCUGCUUUCUAUGGCUUUGUCUCGGGCGGAUACACCAGCCUGCUCUCACCUUGUGUUGUCGCUCUGGUUGAUGGUCGGGUGGCCGAUUUGGGUUUGAAGUUCGGUGUUGCUUGCCUCUACCUAGCUUUUGGCGCUCUGGUGGGGAUUCCUGCGAGCGGUGCCCUGGUUGAUGACUCGGAAAAUUGGGAAUCCCUUAUUGCUCUGUCUGGUUCGAUCAUGGCGGUGGGGGCUCUAUGUUUUGUUGUAGCGCGUGUGAAAAAAGGGGGUUGGGACGUGAUGAAAAAGGUGUAG